AACCACAAAACCCCUCCCUUUCGGCUCGUCUUCCAUCUCUCCGCCGCCGGCCGCCGCGCGAGCGCGACCAUGGCGCGCAUCGUAUCGCGGGCCCUUCCGUUCGCCUCGCGCUCGCACCUCCAUCUCUCCCCGCCCCUCCGCGGCGCGGCGCUGCUCAGCUCCACGCCUCUCCUCCCUGCGGCGGCGUCCACGGCCUCCCUGCUCUCCUGGCGGGGGUUCACACCCACCCCCGAGCCCUCCCGCUUCGCGCAGCCUUUCGCUGGAUUCCUCGCUGGCAUACGCGGCUUCCGAAGGGCGCGGCGCGGGCAGGCGGCGGCGAAGCGAGAGCCGCCGCAGGACCCUACUCCCCCGCCCCCGCCCAAGGAGAGCGAGAUAGAGCUCUGCGCCCGCAUCAGCGUCGAGGAUGAUUUGCCCGACGACGUCGAAGUGCUGAACGUUAUAGAAAUCAUGAAAUUAAAUGUUCCUAUGGCGAUGAAAAUUGCGCUAGAUGGACUUCUGGAGUAUAACUACAAAACACGAGACACUUCAAUAAGUGACGUUGGGAAGUAUGAAAAGGUUGAGGUUUCUGUGCUGCUAUGCAACGACAACUUCAUCCAGAAUCUUAACAAAGAAUGGAGAGGCGAGGACUGCGCUACUGAUAUGCUCUCAGUGUCACAGUUCAUUCCCGAUCUGGAUGUUCCUACUCUUAUGUUGGGUGAUAUAGUAAUAUCGGUGGAAACAGCUGCAAGGCAAGCUGAGGCGAAAGGUCAUACCCUUCUCGAUGAACUGCGGACACUAGUGGUUCGUGGCCUGUUACGUCUUCUGGGUUUUGACCGUCAGAUUAGUGAUGAGGCUGCAAUGGAAAUGGAGAAGGAGGAGCUGCUCAUUUUAAAAAGUCUAAGGUGGAAAUGGAAAGGUCUUGCUAAGAACGCUCCUGAUUUGAGCAAGCCUCACACAGAAACAUUGGGUGGACAAGUAAUGAACAGUCUAAAGAGAGCUGGCAGCCUAAGAUUUUAUAGACCAAAAUUCAAGUAUAUCUUCUGUGAUAUGGAUGGUACAUUGCUCAACAGUAAAAGUCAAGUAACAGCAAGGAAUGCAGAAGCUCUAAAGGAAGCUAGGUCAAGAGGAGUAAACAUAGUUAUUGCCACAGGAAAGACGCGCCCAGCUGCCAUUGAUGCUCUUAAUAUGGUUGAUUUAUCUGGAAGAAAUGGCAUUGUUUCAGAAUCUUCGCCUGGUAUAUUUCUUCAGGGGCUGUUGGUUUAUGGUUUGGAAGGGAGAGAAAUUUAUAGAAAUACAUUGAACCAAGAAGUAUGCCGAGAGGCAUUCUUAUAUUCUUUGGAGCACAAGGUACCAUUAGUAGCAUUUAGCCAGGAUCGGUGUUUUUCUAUGUUUAAGGACCCAUUGGUUGAUUCUCUCCAUGAAGUAUACCAUGAACCUAAGGCUGAAAUAGUGGCAUCUAUUGACCAGCUUUUAGGAACAGCUGAGAUACAGAAACUAGUGUUCAUUGGAACUUCUGAGGGAGUUUCUUCCACAUUGAGGCCAUACUGGACAAAGGCGAUAAAAGAAAGGGCUGGUGUUCUCCAGGCACAGCCUGAUAUGCUUGAGCUUGUACCACCUGCAACUUCUAAGGGCACCGGGGUGAAGAUUUUGCUGGACCAUCUUUGCAUUAGCCCGGACGAGGUAAUGGCAAUUGGAGAUGGAGAAAAUGACAUAGAAAUGCUACAGCUAGCAUCACUGGGUGUUGCUCUGGCAAAUGGCGCCGAGAAGACCAAAGCAGUGGCAAAUGUAAUCGGUGCCACCAACGACGAAGAUGGAGUUGCACAGGCCAUCUAUGACUACGCUUUCUAACAGCCGCUGACACUACUACGGCGCACUGGGACAGGAUUGUCUUCCCCCAGCGUUGUUGCCUAAUAACAAGUUUUGUUCAAACAUCUAUCACCAAGAUUAUUCAGGGUUGUGUUCACAGCACCCGCCAAGAGUUUUAACACUUGAAGCAUUAGGUAGAGCUAUUCUUUGGUUGGCAAUCAGUGAAGACACGCCAUUCUUUUUUCCACUGGGAAUAUCUGUACUCCCUAUGAUCCAUAUUACUUGUCGUUCACUUGGUACAACUGUAGUACUGGACUGGAUUGGAGGGAGUAAAACAUUCUUCCAUCUCUUGUACCCAAGAAUGGUGUCUGUUUUAGCCAUGCUACUUUGUACUCCUUGUAAUGUUGAGAAAUAACCAGGAUGAUCAAAGACCA